GUUGGAGGGGAGGAGGAGGGGCAGGAGGCGCCGUCGCGGGUUGUGAGCAGCAGCAGCAUCAGUAGCCACAGUUCUGGUGGCGGCCGGGGAAACAGCGCUGUUGCCGCUGCAGCCGGCGGUACGAGCAGCGCGCGCAGCAGCAGCAGCAGCAGCGGGUCCCCAGCAGCUGCUAGACCUGCCCCUUCAGGCUCGCAAUCGCCACCUUCGCCUGCUGCUGCCUCGCCUGCCGGGUCCAACGUUGUUCAUGCCAGCAGCAGCAACAACAACAGCGGCGCCAGUGGCGAAGCCGCUCCCGCCCCUGGCUCCCCCCCUCCCCCAGCGGCUCCUCCCCUCCCCCCUGCGGCCUCCCGCACCCUGCGCCUGCUGCUGUCCCAGGUGUUCAGCCGGCUGGAGGGGCUGAGCGGGGUGGAGCUGGCCAACGUGCUGUCGGCGCUGGCUGUGCUGCGGUACGGGGACAAGGUGGUUUCGGAGCAGCUGCUGCAAGCGGCCUCGCUCAAGCUGAUCGACUGCAGGCCGCAGGAGCUCUCCCACGUGAUGUGCUCCGCUGCGCUGCUCUCCCUGCCGCCUGCCCCCGAGGUGCGCUCCGCAUUCUACGCGGCAGUGCGCGCGCAGCUGAGGCGCUUCGGGCCGCGCGAGCUGGCGCUCACCAUGUGGGCGUACGGCGCCAUCGGUACGGACGUGCAGGAGGAUGCAGUACAGG